AUGGGCAGUGAUUCCCAGAUCAACAUUGGCAGUGAGUCCCAGAACAACACGAGCAGUGAGUCCCAGAACACCACGAGCAGUGAGUCCGAGGACAGCAUGGACAGUGAGUCCCGGACCACCACGGGCAGUGAGUACCGGAACAACACGGAAAGUGAGUCGCAGAACAACAUGAACAGUGAGUCCAAGAAAAACACGGGCAUUGUGGCCCUGAACAACAUGGACAGCAGUGAGUGCCAGAACAACACGGUCAGUGAGUCCCAGAACACCACGAGCGGUGAGUCCCAGAACACCACGAGCAGUGAGUCCGAGGACAACACGGUCAGUGAGUCACAGAACAACACAGGCUGUGAGUCCCAGAAUACCACUAGCUGUGAGUCCAAGACCAAAAUGGGCUGUGAGUUCCAGAACAUCACGGGCAAUCUGUCCUGGAACAACGUGGGCAGUGAGUCUCAGAACAACGCGGACAGUGAUUCCUGGAACAGCAGGGGCAGUGAGUCCCAGAACAAUGCGGAAAUGGAGUCCCGGAACAACACGGGCAGUGAGUCCCAGAAAAACAUGGCAAGGGGGUCCCAGAACAACAGGGAAAUGGAGUCCCGGAACAACACGGGCAGAGUUGGAUCAAACACUGAGCAACAGCAACAAAAAAGCGAGGAAGGCGAUAAACCACAGCUAGCGGGCGCCGAAUUGGACAUCGAUACUGUUGUAAUUAAAAUCCAAUCAUAUCGAGACGGCGAAAUGAACAGUCAACUCCAACCGCUCUAUCCCUCUUUAGAGGAGGUCAGUGUUUCGGAAAAUGAUAUUGAACUCAAGGAGGAGAGAGAAUGUCCGGUGAAUGGGAAGGGCAGCUCACAUAAACAAUGUCUCCAUGGAGCAGAUGCUCAGAUCGUAGGUGGUUCAAUUACAGGAGAAUGUACCGGUUCUCAGUAUCCUUGUGCUGUAUAUGUCAAGGCACCAGGAUUAGAUUACCAGGCUGCUACUAAAGGACAAAAACAAUGUGGUUGUGCCGUAAAACAGGUUGUUGGAGAACCUGGUAAAGAGAACAGCAGCAUGACUGAAUAA